GCAGCAGGAGGCCGUUCAGAGAUCCAGCAGCUGGUAGUGAGUUGUGAGAGCGCCGAGCAGGCAGCAGCAGACGGUCAACACUGCACACGCAUCUCCAGCUCCAUGUGAGAAAAACCCCCCCCCGAGCCGUCAACUUCCAGGCAACAGAAAAAAAAACAUGCUGUUCGGACGCCUGACGUGUGACGACGCCGGCUUUUGAGUCCUCUCUGUCGCCUGGUUUUCAUUUUGGAGGAUUCCUCCCUCCAUCCUCCGAAUCGCACCGAACAGGCAAUGACAACGGUCUCGGCAACCCCGCAGCAGAUGAAGGACCGGCUGCUGCAGGCCGUCGACAGUCACAGCAAUAUUUGCAAUAUGGUGGCUGUAUUGGAUGUAAUUACCAGUCUAGAAAAGUAUCCUAUCACCAAAGAAGCACUUGAGGAAACCCGACUAGGAAAAUUGAUCAAUGAUGUGAGGAAGAAGACCAAGGAUGAAGACCUUGCCAAGCGUGCAAAGAAACUCCUAAGGAACUGGCAAAAGCUGAUUGAACCUGGGACAUCUGUUGCUGCAAGUGCCCCUGGGUCUACCAAUGGCAGUUCCCUUCCCUGCAGAACAGAUACCUCUCCUCCUGACAUUUCUGUGACUGGGAAAGGUGUCCCUGAAGUCAAAAUCAGAAUCGAUGUUCACAACACAUACUCGCCAAAAGCGGAAAAAUCAGGAAGCCGCAAACGAAGAGCAGAGAACAGAGACAGUGGCGUGCACUUACCUGAGAAAAUCUCCAAGCUGUCUUCUUAUGAAAACUCAGUUUCACCACCACCCACUAAUGGCAUUGCAGGCAGUCCUGAUGCCCUGCUGCUUGAUCUGCAAGUCAUCCCGUCUCCUGACAGAUCACGGUUAGAGCCCCUUGAUAAUGACAAAAUUAACAGAAUUCCUGUUAAUGCAGUCAAACCUCGCCCCAGCUUCCCUGGGGUGGCCAAACCACCUAGCACUUCCUCUAUGAUCAAGGCUGCUGUAAUGCAGCAACAGGCCAGAUUGGAUGAAGGGGGAGGAGGGGCUUAUUAUCAAGCCAAAAGUCCUCGUGGUCUCACCACCAGUCCAAGGAGCAUGAAACAGGACACAGUGACCAAGCGCUCCUCAGCAUAUGCACCAAAAGCAACACCCACCCCAAGCCCUUCCUCUAGGGACUCUCCCUUGUCUUUGCCCCAGCCUGUAUCCGCCCCAGCGCAAGCCUCUUACGCUGACAAGCUGCCACAUUCUUCUCAUAGGUCUUCAAUGCACUGGGCUGGUUUGUCAGAAGUCCCUUCUCAUUGCCCACCACAAGACAUAUCUGCAACACUGGAAUCUCCAACCGUCUCCCCUUCGCCUUCCCACCCUCAACAUAACUCAGAACUGCACAGACCAGCAUCUGAGGGAGCCAUGUCUGUGUCUGAUGACACAGACGGGGCAACCAUCUCACACUUGGAGCAUAAAAGGAGGAAGUACAGAUCAAGAGACUUCUCUGUCAACUUAGAUGGCCAGAAAAUAGAGGACUCGACUAAACCUGUACGGUUAAAAGAACGCAGACUUACAUUUGAUCCUGUCACAGGUCAGAUCAAACAUCUGGUACAUAAAGAACCUUCUCAAUCGGAGGAAGCCCCAACUCCUGACCAUGCUGAAUCUAGGAAGAGAACUGAAAGCACUGUUCAACAGCCCCCUGUUCCGGUCCCUGUCCCUGCCAAAACCUUAGCCCCUGCCUCUGCCCCAGGUCCAGGUCCCAGCGCUAACCCUUUCCAUCAAACAAACUGGAAAGAGCUGUCCAGAAAUGAAAUCAUCCAGUCCUACUUGAACCUUCAGAGCAAUGUGCUCACCUCCUCAGGGGUCCAAGCCCCUAGUGCACACUUUUUCAUGUCAGAGUAUUUGAAAAGGAAAGAACAGGAGAUCAAGGACUCAAGGGAGAUUCAUGUUCUGCAGACGGACAGCUCGGUAGGGGAUUUACCGGGUUUGAGCAGGGAGGUGACGGACGAGGACCUGGGCAGGAUACACACACAGCACUGGCCGGGGGUGAAUGGUUGCUGUGACACCAAGGGCAACUGGUAUGAUUGGACAGAGUGCAUAUCAUUGGACCCUCAUGGGGAUGAAAGCAAAUUGAACAUCCUGCCAUAUGUUUGCCUAGACUGAGGGGUUUGGGAAGGUUUGCUGUCCUUUUCCACUCCUUUUUCGCUGUCUCCACACAGAGACAAAAUAAUUUGUGAUUUUUGUUUGUCCACUGUGAGUUUGGCAAACGUCAGGCCUGCUAAACUCCUACCCGACCCAACUCUGGCCCAUGCCUCUUCCUGUGAUAAUCCAUUGAGAUGUUGGUAUAAAAAUAGUAAAGAUUAAAAUAAUAGUUGAGUUUGUAA